CGUAAUAAUGUACCCAGUACUUCUGAAAACCCCCCUUUAAUCCUUGGUCGGUUUAACCGUUAAUUCAAACGAGCUCUGCCGAAGGAUGACUUCCGAUUACAGGAACAGUUCCUUCAUGAAUUCAAUAUCGUUAUCAGAAUCAACUGUGGUUUGCAUUUUCAAACUAUGAACAUAAAAAAAUUCAGUUUGUUCGUUUUAGGGUUUGUUAUCUGUAUAAUAACACGUACCGCCGGCGAAUCCUCGACGUGCUUGGCGGUGUAUAAAGAAGGCGGUGCGCCAGCAGUGUUCCGGUCGCCAAAAUGCCCUCGAUGGAGUUUGCCAAAACAUGAUCGUCGGAGGAAAUCCACAGCUGGGAGAUGUCAAUCGGCUACACGUCAGGGCCGACGAAAAUCUCUGGAAGAUCGCACUUUCUGUACUCUGGACAUCCGGAUUCCUUUUCCAGACCCCAAUGGCAUUAGAGAUACUUCAGUUGGCAUUGUGGCAGUUUUUGAUGGACAUAAUGGUGCAGAAGCAAACAUCAAGGGGAAUGCUACCCAAUAAGGGAGAACAUGACCAUGCUUCUCGGAUGCUUAGUUGGGAUGAGAAACUGGGUGAACAUGUUCUGCAUAUUGGAAGGAUUAAGUUUACUUCAUCAACCAUCUUCAAUGGAGCAUUCCACUUGGAAAUUCUGAAGGAAGCAUUGCUGAGGGCAAUUGAUGAUAUUGAUGCAGCAUUCAGCAAGGAGGCUUCUAGAUACAGCUUCAACUCUGGCUCCACUGCAGCAGUUAUAUUAAUAGCAGAUCAUCAAAUUCUUGCUGCCAAUGUUGGAGACUCAAAGGCUUUCCUAUGCUCUGAGAUGUUCCAGCCUCCUCCUGAAGCUAAAGCUACUUUAGUGAGAUUGUAUAGGAAGAGAAAGCGUGAUGGUACCUCUGUACGCAUGAAAGACUAUGGAAACUUUAAAUUGGCAGCAUCUGAUGGUUUGACCCAUUUUUCUGUCAAAGAGUUGACCAAUGAUCACCAUCCAGACAGAGCAGAUGAAAGGUCCAGGGUAGAAUCUGCUGGAGGUCAUGUCUUGGAGUGGGCAGGUGUAUCCAGGGUCAAUGGUCAACUUGCAGUUUCACGUGCUAUUGGUGAUGUGUCCUAUAAAAAGUUUGGUGUUAUAUCUGUUCCAGAGGUGACAGAUUGGCAACCUCUGACACCCAAUGAUAGUUAUUUAGUAGCUGCAUCUGAUGGUGUUCUUGAAAAGCUGAGCUCACAGGAUGUCUGUGAUCUGUUCUGGCAACUACAUACUGAUGCUCCCCUGGAAUUAAUCAGCAGUUCCUCAUGUUCAUACUCGUUAGCUGAUUGCAUUGUUGAUACUGCUCUUGAAAGAGGCAGUAUGGAUAAUGUAGCAGCUGUUGUAGUUCCAUUUGGAGUAGAAGCUCUGCCUAGUGAACGAUCCAGUGAUGUCAGAUUGCAGAAUUACAUUGAUGACCAAUCUGAUUUGGAGAAUGCUGAUUCAGUUAUUGACAAGUUUGGAAGGUUAUUGGUUGAAGGAAAACACAACACUUACAGAUGUUUCUAUCUAUCCGAGAGCCUCAAUGAAAAAGAUGACUACACAUUCUGGAUUGCAAAAGAUGAUGAUGACUCUAUAUAUGGCUCACCAGCCUUACCUGACUUACCUGACCAUAGUUAUGGGAGACCUUUGAAUUUAUACCGUGAUCAGAUGAUGUGUUUGCACUAUGGGAGGCCUAAUGGUGGGGAUAGAGAUCAAUGCAUUAAUCCUGAAGGCCUUGCAAGUUUUCUAGGGUUUCUAGAAUCACUCCCUUCACAUACCAUUGAACCAAAUCAAGAAUCAUACGAACCCACCUCUCCUAACACCAGGUAUAUACUGAAGAAAAGAUUUGACCGAGGAUCAUAUGGAGAAGUCUGGGUUGCUUUUCACUGGAAUUAUCUCCAACAAAGAAAUGAUUCAAACAAAACAUCCCAAUUUUACACCACUCAUCUUGGCUCCGAAAAUGGAAGCACAACCCAAACGAACUUUACUUCUGUACCUCUCGAUGCUGACAUGUUCAUUUUGAAGCGUAUAAUGGUAGAAAAGGGGAACGCAGUAUACCUAAGCGGUUUACGGGAGAAGUAUUUUGGUGAAGUUUUUCUAAAUGCCUCGGCGUCUCCUUCAAAAGAAUCAUAUCCGUAUAUGUAUAGUUUUAUAAGAAGGAAUGAUUCAGAGGAUCAUCAUCAUCAGCCACCAGAACAUAUUUCCUCAACAAGGAAAAGACAGGUUUAUGAAGAAGGAGUGAAGCAUAUUGCAAGAUAUAUCGAGUCAUUUGAGUCGAGGUCAAAUGAGAUAUGGCUUGUAUUCCGUCAUGAAGGCGUAUCAUUAUCAAAACUUUUGUACACAGCAGAAGAUGUGGGAAGUAGUGAUGACACAACAACAAAUGUGAAUGAUGAUCAUAUUAAGCAUAUACGGAUACUGCAUCCCUCAAACUGGUGGCACUGGUUGAAGACUACAAAAGCAGGCCAAGAUGAAAUGCGCAAUCUUAUAUGGCAGUUGUUAAUGGCACUCAAGUCUUGUCAUGAUCGGAACAUCACCCACAGAGAUAUUAAACCUGAGAACAUGGUUAUUUGCUUUGAAGAUCGGGAUACUGGAAGAUGCCUGAAAGGAAGCCCAAGUGGAAAUGCGAACUAUACCACUAAAAUGCGCAUUAUUGACUUUGGGAGUGCAAUAGAUGAAUUUACUAUAAAGCAUUUAUAUGGGUCUGCUGGACCUUCAAGGAAUGAACAAACUUAUGAGUAUAUGCCUCCAGAAGCUUUUCUGAAUGCUACUUGGUCUCAAGGGCCAGCAAGCAUGAAUACAAAGUAUGAUAUGUGGAGUGUUGGGGUUGUGAUGUUAGAGUUGAUUAUAGGAUCACCAAAUGUGUUCCAGAUAAAUGCGAGAACUCAUGCCCUUUUAAAUCAACACCUUGAAGGUUGGAAUGAAGGAUUAAAGGAGCUGGCUUAUAAACUUAGGUCAUUCAUGGAAUUAUGCAUUUUGCUCCCGGGGAGUUCCUCAAAAGGGAAGAGGACAGGGUCACCAGCUUCAUGGAAAUGCUCGGAGGAAUUCUUUUCGAGUCAGAUAAAGAGUAGAGAUCCUCUUGGAAUAGGGUUUAGUGAUGUUUGGGCUUUGAGAUUAGUGCGCCAAUUAUUAGUUUGGGAUCCCGAGGAUCGAUUAACUGUGGACGAGGCUUUGAGGCAUCCUUAUUUUUCAAACCAUACAACAACUACAAGUCAAUGAAAUUAAUUAGGUAGCUGUGAACUGUGAUAUAUGAACAUCCGUAGGUACUUUCUUAUUUCCACUCCAGUCCUCACUGUUUUCUAUAUAUUCAACAUGACUGAGUUGGACGGGCUGGGUAAUGAGUCAAGACAGGUUGAUAGCUAUUUUUACAUGUAUAUAUCAGGACAGUUUGUUAGCUUUUUAAAUGUAUAUAAACUGUUAUAUGUAAAAUGCCUAGUCAAUGUUUUUUUUUAAUGAUUAAAUUUAUGAUAUGUAAGCAACUUAUCAAUAAUCAAAAGGAAAAUUGAUGCUGUAGCACAUUCAUGUUUUCUUCUCGUCUUGGAUUGGCCAAUUAUGUAUUUUUUUUUUUUUGCUCAUUAGACCAUAUAUGUCAUUAUAUGAUAUGAUGCGGGAAGAACACUUUCUUCAUACACAAACAUGUUUUCAGUAACCAAGAAGAAGAUUA